CAAUGUUCGGUCUGCAAAGUCGAUAUAUUCUUAAUACAGGGGCGUUUCGGUUUUGCUCGUGCUCGUGAUGUAGUUCGCUCUUUCUCUCACUCUCGCUCUCUCUCGUUCGCGUGCUCUCGCUCGCUCGCUCGCCCGUAUGUAGGGGUGGGUGCAAAAAUUACACGUGCGUCCUGCAUAACCACUAUAGUCCGGUGUGUGUUUGUGUGUUUGUGUGUGGUUGAAUAGGACGACGUUCUGCUUGCAAGUCAACAGCGUCCAUCAGAACAACGCUGCCGUCGGUGAGCAUCAAGUCCACAGUAGCUAAAGCGCCACCCAAAGGACAAUCCCGGUGCUCCAACUUCACGGUGUAGCUUUUGUGUUUGUGUGUGUGUGUGCGUGUCUGCAUCAGUGGUGAGGAUAGGUGGAAAGAAGAGAAUAGGAAACGGUGUGUAAUGUAACGGAGAGCCCGAUUCGGUUCCGCUUCGUCCGCUCAGCGUCAGCUGGUGCGUGUGCCCGCACAAAUCAUUACACAUCGUUCCACCCCCAACUCCCCACACACUUCUCAACUUCAAAAAGGGAGCUAUUUUUUGUGCGUGUGUGUGUGUGCCCGCCGAUUUUGUUGUUGUUACUGUUGAGGGAAAGAAGCAGCAAAAAAAAAGGAGCGGGUCGAAAGACGGAUAUUCGCGGCUGGGCGGGAGACCCGAACGGGUCUCGAAGUGCAGUUGGCUAGCGACCGGUAGUGGAAAGGACACUCGCAAAAGGACUUGACGGGUUUUUUCCGCAACAAGCAGUGCAAGCUCCCGGUAGAAUGUCGGCUCGAAUGUGCACCCGAAGUCAAAGUUUUAUGCCCUAAAAAUUAAAAAGGCAAGGUGUAUAGUAGAGUAAGUUUUAAAAUAUAAACGCAAAGAGCAACGAUAAACGCAUAAGAACAGAUUUAUUCAAAUAAGAGCUUAAGAAAAGUGCAAAAAACAAUUCAAAGUGUGAUUGAUUGUGUGUGUGUGUGAGAAGGUAAAUUAAGUGAAAAACUUAAAACAGUGUUUUUUGAGACUCGAAAAGAAAAGACUUUAAAAUAAAACAUUUAAAAACUUAAAAAAAGUGAUACAAAAAAGUAAAUACGUUUCUAAAACCAAAAUCAUCGAAUAAACGCCUGCAAGUAGGCAAUCGCGCGACACACGAACCUUCCGUGCGGCAAUGGGUGCCGCCAGUACCGGAGCUGAAUCGCUGGAGUGCUGCAAUACAGCACCCGCCGCCGGAGCCGCCAACUCACCCCCGCUUCCACCCAACCAGCCCGCCAACCGAACCAACGCCGUACAGCAGCAGCCGGGCACAGUGGCGGUACCUCCACACCGGACCGGUACCGCUAUGCCAACGACCAACAUUUUAAGCUUACCGCCAGCAACGCAACCAACCACAUUGCCAACACCGCCCCCGCCACCACCUUCCCACACCCUCUUCGCCCACGGUAAGGACGAACGCAAAAAGCAGGAGCACCGUUCGCAGCUUGACAUCGAGAACAACAACAGCAGCCAUCAGCAGAUGCAUCAGCAACAGCAGCAGCAACAACAACCACCACCAGCAACCGUGCUCCCGGUGCAACAAAAUGGUGGCGGGCCCCAUCUGUACGUGAACCCGGUACAGGCAAACGGGCUUAACUUUGAGCUUUACCUCCAGCAAGCGUUCCUGGACGAGCACGAGUACUUCAAUCACCUCAACAACAACAACAACAACAACAACGUACACACGAAGCUAGCGCCGCUUGCCACCGCCGGUACGGUGUCACUGUACUCCGAGUACACCGUCGACACGCCGGCCACGGUCGACGACUCCAAUCUGUCCGGGUCCUGCCAAUGUUUCUUCGCCCGGUACUGCAAAACCCGACGCCGUUCGUCCGCCACCUCAACGGCCACCUGCUGUCAUGGGGGUGGUGAGGGUGGCCCAAGUGCGUCCGACAACCAAACCAAGGGGAAGGCAGCCGGCAAGGCGAAACGUGGUCUACCGACGGUAAAGGAACAGGAGCAACCCAAACCCAAACCUCACCCGACAGGUCCUGGUGGAGGUGGUGCGGGUGGAGCCGGUGCACGAAACAGGGGUGCGGCGGGACGGGGUGCUGGCGCCACCGAUACCGACCCGUUGAUGAGACGACCGCGCCGCAAGAAGGACUCGAGCGAACAGGACCUCGCGGCCAAGCUGCAGCAGCAGAACCAACAGCAACAGCAGCAACCGGCCGCCGGCAAUGGGGACGCUAGCCGACAGCAGCAACACCAAUCGAAGUUCGUUGCGCGCGCGACAGCUUAUAUGUGAGCGCAUAUAAAAGUGAAAGUCAUUACCUAAAUAAGCUGCCAAAGCUACUAAGUUUUCGUGAUACGCGAGUAGAGAAAAGACCGCCAAGUGCACAAACAAAAUGACGACUUAGUACAUACGUUGAAUGAGAUAGGAAGAAAGAGAGAGAUAGAGCAGCAGAGAAAAAGUGAGAGAAAGAGAGGGAAAGAGGGAAUGAAACGAAAUGGGAUGAUGAAAACGCGUCUUAUUUUUCGUGUGUAUGUUUUUCUUUUGUUAUUGUGCUUGUAAGGAUGUGAAAAAAAAAAUCACUAAAGACUCAGGACGAGAGGAUGUAAAGGUAAAGGCAACUUUGCGGGAGAGAAAGAUAGAGGCGCGAUAAACACGCACCGUUGGCACUGACGUUGAGCGUCUGUUUGCUGCGCUGUCUGUGCUUCUGCUCGAUCUGUUGCCAUGCUAAGGGCAUGUUACUUUUCCGCUGUACCGUAUGAUAUGCUUUGUGCUUUUAUGUCCAUUUUUUUUUUGUUCGUUUGCUGUGGUAGCGAUACGCGCGAUAACUACCGGCGACAGAAGAGGGUAAACGUUGAACGCAGAUCAGCGUUAGGGACUGACGUGCAGGUGUUUCUGUGCAGUUAACGGACGUGUUGGGGGGGUGCCGAGCGUACGGAUCGGAUAGGGAAAUUUUGGCAAGUUGCCAGUGUAGCACUACCGUGCCUCGCCGUGACGCGUAAUGAUCAUUUACGAUAAUGGGCAAGUGAGUGGAUCAGCAUGAUAGAUUAUGUAUGAUAGAUUACGCCCGCGCUAGAGCGCUAGUGAGAUAAUGUGUACAAAGGAGCGACUUUUUGGCUCAAAACUGUUUAAUAAAAUGGGAGUUUUUUUUUAGUUGAAUAAAACCUAUAUGACGUAGGUAAAGUUGGUAGCAUGUAAUGUUUGUUAUGUAAUGUUUUUAAAUGCUGUGCAAAAUAAAUUUUAAACUGUAGUAAAUGAUGCUUCACAACUACGUCAGUGUUCGGUAUGCGCCACCGUGAAAGAUAAUAUUCGGUAGACUAGUUUUUAAUCCGUUAAAGUACCAGGCGUCUCCAUUGAGUUUUCACAAACCACCAGGCGUCUCCAUUUCAUUUUUACAGUACACCAGGCGUCUCAAUUUAAAUUAUCGAUCAAACUUGGUGCCUUCAUCCGGUACCAAGAGGGGCUGGGGAUGUGUAGAAUAAGAAGUAAAGUAAACAUUGUCCGACCCGUGCAGCAAGAUGUGCCCAACUUACUUUACGCUGUCGCUGUUGCGUAUUGCUGUCUUCAGUUUUCAGUGCCGAAAAAAAAACUACAUAAAUCUCCAGGAAGAAAAGGAAGAUGGCUUUUCGCAGAAAUGAUAAAGGAAAAUCGUACCGACAAUGUUUCUGUUUUGCAGUAUUGUAGCUUGUAGUAGCCCGUUAGUAACGCUUUGCUGAUCAAGAGAGUAAGCCCAAUAUUCCGGAAUGGCUUCCGCCAAAUUAGUAGUGUUCGAUGAAGAAUAUGUGCUGAUGUGCUAAAUAAAAAAGCAA